AUGGCUGAUCUCACAACAUCAUCUUCAGGCGCCGGCGGUGGUGUAGGAAGCCUAGGCGCCUCCUCCCGUCCCCUCCGCAUCAAAUCUCCUAUCGUCCUGGCCGAGCUCCGCAAGAUCUUCGGCACCCUCACAAGGACCGACACGCUCCCCGUGGCCGACUUUAAAACCUUCCUCACAAACACCCAAAAGGUCAAACGCUACGACGACCGCUCUGGAAACCACCCCGGCGACAACCAAACAGGCUUUGCCGGCUUCGUCUCCCACAUCUUCCACCCCUCGCAGACCGCAUCCGCUGAGAAGCUGCUGGCGAACGACUCGAACAUCACGUUUGACGAGUUUGUGGCGUACUUUUCAGCGCCGACGAACAACGCGCUUGCGCUGCCGGACCCAAAGACGAAGGACUGGAACCAGCCGUUGAGUGCGUACUUUAUCAGCUCGUCGCACAACACUUACCUUACUGGUCACCAGCUGUAUGGCACGUCGACGACGGACGGGUACAAGUCAGUUCUGAAGCGUGGGUGCCGCUGCAUCGAGAUUGAUGUGUGGGAUGGCGAUGAUGGCGAGCCAGAGGUGUUUCAUGGAUACACACUCACCAAGGAGAUCUCGUUCCGCGAUGUUUGUAAGGCGGUUGCAAAGUACUCGUUUUCAGGGGAGGGGACCUGUUGGGAGGGCGGUGCGGGGGAGGGCCCGGUCAUCAUCUCGUUGGAGUGUCAUGCGGGGCCAGAGCAGCAGGAGAAGAUGGUGGAGAUCAUGAAGGAGGAAUGGAAAGGAAUGUUGGUGCAGGGGAUCCAACCGGAGGAAGUGAAGCGCAUGCCAAGUCCUAUGGAACUGCGCAGGAAGAUUCUGGUUAAGGCAAAAUAUCUCCCCCCACCACCCGUCCCCAGAACCGACUCCAUCCCCCGCGGAGUAACCCGCACCCUCACCCGCCGCUCAUCCUCCUCCUCUUCCUCCGAUGAAGAACUCGAGGAAAUCGCCCGAAAAGCCAACAAAGCUAAACCACCCAAGACCAAAGUCACCCGCACCCUCUCCGAGCUCGGUAUCUACUGCUCCGCGCACCACUUCCCCGCCAAGGAGCCCAACCCAUUCCUGCACAACACCUCUAGAAUCCCCAAUCACGUCUACUCCUUCUCCGAAAAGGUCUUUGCCAACCUCCACCAGCAACACGCCGACCACAUCUUCCUCCACAACAAGGAAUACCUCAUGCGCGUCUACCCCUUCGGCCUGCGCUUCUCCUCCUCCAACGGCGACCCCACCACCUUCUGGCGCCGCGGGUGCCAGCUCGUGGCCCUCAACUGGCAGAAGUGCGACCAGGGCAUGAUGCUCAACGAGGGCAUGUUUGCGGGCGAGGGCGGCUACGUGCUGAAGCCCAAGGGCUACAGGCCCGGCGAUGUUGAGGGGCCAGUGAAAAAGACGCUGGAUCUGACGAUCGAGUUUUUGGCCGGCGCGGAGCUGCCCAUGCCGGAGGAUGAUGAUACGGAGAAGGGGUUCAAGCCGUAUGUGAAGGUUGAGCUCCACGUCGAGGAGGCCUCGGGGCCGAAGGGCAAGACCAAGGCGAAGAGGGGGACCUCGUGUUCGUGGGGCGGGGAGAAGGUCGUGUUUUCGGGGGUGAGGGGCGUGGUUGAGAAGCUUGGAUUUGUCCGAUUCAAAGUCCACGACGAGGAAUUCGGCCGCGACGACUUGGCGGCGUGGGCGUGCAUUAGGCUGGACCGACUGCAGGAGGGAUACAGAUUUCUGAGCCUGUUCGAUAACCAGGGGAACCGCUCGGAUGGGCAUAUCUUGAUUAAGGUCACAAAGCGGCUUAAGUAG